GGCCUCCGUGCACCGACCCCGAAAUGACGGGAACCUUUGAAAGUUGCCAGACACAUUGCCUUAGCUGACGUCGCCUCCACACGUACCAUAACCAUGAGAUCCCUACAGUAAACUGCGCCUACACAUACUCUUACCCCUCUUCCCACCGUUCCUCUUACAAUCGUCCCCAACGUAUUCCUCCACGCAAAUCCGUACAUGUCUUUCUUCUCCCAAUUCCAACAAUACGCCGGAACCUUCGCAACAGUAGCAGCUGGUGCUAUCAUCGCUAGAGCCGUCGGCAUCAUGCAAUCAGACAACCAAGACGACCACUCGGGCCCCGCUCCGCAGGAGCCCGGAAACUACAAGCCCUCGCACGUCGAUGUCAUAGUCGUUCGCGUGAUGCUCGAAAAAGCCUUCAACUUCCCUCCCGAGCUCCUGGACCUCAUCAUCGACCAGGCCGAAUACUGGCCGCACUCCGAAGCCAGCAUCUAUCAUGCAGUUACACCUCUACGCGACGCCCUCCGCGUCGUCGGUACCACCAAAGACGAGAACAAGUUCAUUCUGCGUUGUCCGCCCAUCGGAUUCCUCGACUUCAAAAAGGUCGGCCCGGCAUUCAAGACGGCUCCGCUCCCGCCAAAGUCGGGCGAUGGGUCUCCCGUAACGGAGCCGCUCCGCAACCUGACGCUCCUCGAACCCACGUCGAGCCCCACCGAAAUGGUCUCCGAGGCCCCGAGAGAAUACUUCACAGGCUCCAUGAAGGCGCCGCCCACUUUGACCCACCCGGUGCGGAAGAUCGUCUUCAAGUUGCGGAGCAAAGAUCAGGGUUGGGGCGGUGGACACGGCGAUCGUGGGUCCUACCGAGGAUCUUGGUCCUGGUUCGAGGCUGGCUUGGAGAAGUUUGAUAAGGAGCGCACCUGCGAUGGAUCCUGCAAGACGGCAGAAGACGGCUCCAAUACCGAGUCCGAACAGGCACCCUUCACCAACGAAACGAAACUCUGCACCUGCGGCCUUCAAUCGAUAUAUCCUCCCGUCGAACCUACCGCCGAUGGAAAGCUCGCCUACUCGCAUGGCCUUCAACCGCUGGAGAAUCUCAAGAUACAAACCAAUAAGACUGCUAACAGGGACUUUAUGGACCAUGAGGUGGUAUGGUCUUGGACCGACGACAUUCACCCAGAGUCGCCCGAUGCCGACAGACUGGCUGAGAUAGGUCGCGGUAAGGGCACCGGGACUGGAAAGUUUGUUCGCAAUCUGAAGCUGGGAGACGUGGUCACGGUAUGGGGCAAGGCAAGAUUUGGUGGCUGGGCCAACUACGUGGAGAGUGUCAAGGUUGAGAUCUACUGGGCUGUUUGAUUUGUAUUGUUCAUGAUCCGCACCAGUAUGUAUUUUUCCUACCAGUCAUAACGUCUCAUGAUCACUGUAAUGUAAUCAACACCGCAGAGCGGUGUUGCCUAUCGAAGUUAUGAAGGUAUACCCCAUACACGGCUUGUAUAUAUCAGCUAUGCUUUGGCAGACCGCUCUUCAAUACCCCUCAUCCAGCACAGUGAGGGCUUCGUAUCCCGAUUCCAAGACCUUGGUGUCCACAAUGAAGACAGCAACAAACACCACUCGACUUUCACUGCUGGGGUUUUCUCCCACUGUAUGGUGACAGCCGGGCAGCUCCAUGAAGCUUUCUCCGACGUCAUACAGCUUUGGCGGAUUCCCAUUCAUGCCGCUGAGAAAUAUCCCCUCAACGAUGUUCACCACC